GCUGCACCGCCCGUGUGACUUGAUGUCGCUUUUUUUUGUAAGAAUCUGAGCUAUUCACCGACAACUUGACACGAAACAAUGUUAAUCUAUUUAUAGAAUAUCGCUUGUGAGGGACACACACGGAGCAGUUGUCGCUAAUAAUAGAACUCCCACUAAAACCUUGGUUAGAAAACUUAACAGGACCCUUAAAUUACAUAUUUUAGCUAGGCUUUGACAAUAGAUAAUGCCUCUCAAGGUGAACAGUGUCUAACAACUAUUAUACACAGGGCGGAUGCAUUAGCUUCGGGCACUUGACUUGAACCGGGAGAUAAAGAAAACUACAACUCCCAUAUCGAAGCAACACAAAUGUUUCGGAAGUAAAAUUCGAUGGAUGAAGUUAAAGUGCGCGGCACAAUUCAGUUUGCUUGAUUUCGCCUCAAAGUCUUGUAUUGGUGACGUAUCAUUUGUUUAAAAGGUUGUUUACACAGACGGAGAGUAAGGCGUUAGCUAUAGGAGACUAAGGCGUUAGCUAUAGCGGCGCAUUCCUUAAGUGUACGUACGUCAAUUGGGCUAGCUCCAGAGAGCAGGUUGAGCUUCAACUGGUCCAACUAGAAAAAAUAAAUAUGUCAACUGUAUAUUUGUACCUACCCGGACAGUCUUUUCGUUGCUACAACAGUUAUUCUUUUUGGCUGGCGAAUGAAAGUAAAGGCGAAAGUUGGUGACCGAGUGAGUGCGUCGAAGGCUUCAUUCAGAAGGCUGGCUUCAUUGAGCUUCAUUGGUAAGACCGGACAGGAGGGGGCGGCCAUGGGCUCCGUACAACAGGCUGAUUGUCCCCGGCUUCUUCAGUCGUACAGUCGGUGGCAAACAUAGAGCAGAUAUUUCACAGUGGCGCCGGUUCACCUUUUCAUGAUGCAGCCGGGAUGUGAACAGUGGUGCUAUUGACUUCCAGCAGCAGUCCAGUCACCGGAGAAAGGAUAAAGCAGCGCCUUGGAAAGUUAACAUUACUCACCUUGACUUAUGCUCACAAAGGUGUGAAGCAACUUGGGCGCUUUUUGCUCUCUCUCAGUCCACACACUCCAGUCAAGAGUGAAUAGGUGCUUUGGAUGCAGGCUCUAUGUUUACUGCUGUGCCUUGGCCUGGUUGUGGUCUCUGCUGUGAGACAACCAGACAAGGUGGUCCAGCAUGUCAUCAAGCGGAAUCGCAGAAGUGGUGCCACACACGGCCACAGCUGGUUGGCUAGCAACUGCAAGUGGCUGGCAAGCCUGCAAUACCGAAAAGACGUGGUCGUUAAGAAGCUGUCAGCUGCCGCGGCUGCUGUUAGGAAAGACAGGACCCUUUCAGAAAAGGAGCGGAACUUCCAGGUUCACAAAAUGGAGGUUUUCCAGAAGGAGUUGAAUGAGAGCGAGCACAUGGUAUUCCAGGCUGUGCAAAGCUUGCAGAGGGUGCUGCAGGGAGACUACAAGGAUGUGGUGAACAUGAAGCAGAGCAGCAGACAGAGGUUGGAGGUGCUUAGGGCUGCAGCUAUACAGGAGGAGCAGGAGUAUGUUGAACUGGUGGCAGCAGAGAAGCACCAACAGGAGGCUGUAAAGAGCGUGCUUGCUCAGAAUAAAACUCUGUCAAUGGUUGACGGGAUCCUGGAGGAUGUCAAGAAGGCAGCAGACCGGCUAGAAGAAGAGAUUGAAGAGCAUGCUUUUGAUAACAACAAGCAGAUGCAAGGAGUGAACAUAGAGGCGGUGCUGAGAGUUGAGGAUGAUGAGGAUAAUGGAAGCAAGAGGAAGAACAAGUCCAGUGAGAGCGAAGUGGAAGGCGACCUGGGACUGAGCAUGCUCAUUGACUCGCAGAACAACCAGUAUGUGCUGACCAAACCCAGGGACUCCACCAUGCCAAGAGCAGACCAUCACUUCAUCAAGGAUUUGGUGUCAGUGGUGAUGUUGUCACUGCCUUGCGGUUGGGUGUGCACUCUGGUAGGUCUUCCUCCCAUGUUUGGAUACAUCAUCUGUGGUGUCCUGCUUGGACCGUCUGGCCUCAACAGCAUCAAAUCUAUGGUCCAAGUGGAGACUCUGGGAGAGCUGGGAGUAUUCUUUACCCUCUUUGUUGUGGGACUGGAGUUUUCACCUGAGCGCCUUCGGAAGGUAUGGAAGACAUCCGUGCAAAGUUCCUGCUACUUGUGUCUGCUCAUGGUUGUUAGUGGCUUGUUAUGGGGACAAGUGCUGCGCAUCCGACCCACCCAGACAGUCUUCAUUUCCACAUGUUUGUCCCUGUCGAGCACCCCGCUCGUAUCUCGCUUCUUAGCAGGAGGGAGCAAGGGGGAGAAGGAAGGUGACCUGGACUACAGUAGCGUACUGCUUGGGACUUUAGUGAUGCAAGACGUUCAGCUUGGCCUCUUCAUCGCUGUCAUGCCCACUAUGAUCCAGGCUCAGAGUGGGGACACAGACAGCUUCCUGUUUGGAAGCCUCCGCGUGCUGUAUCUCCUGGCGCAGGUCCUGGUGUCUCUGGCUGCUGUGCUGCUCCUCUGUGUCUUACUCAAAUCAUUUGUGGUUGGUCCUUUUUACAAGAAACUACAUGCUGAGAGCAAAGGCAAGAAGGAGAUCCUCGUGCUGGGGAUAGCAGCUUUUAUUUUUUUCAUGCUAUCGGUAACAGAGUUUCUGGGUAUUUCCAUGGAGUUAGGCUGUUUCCUGGCUGGAACGUUGCUGUCCUCCCAGGGUCACAUGGUGACUACAGAAGUUAUGGGAUGCUUUGAGCCCAUUCAGGACUUCCUCGCUAUCAUCUUCUUUGCCUCUAUCGGUCUCCAUGUGUUCCCUACAUUUGUACUCUAUGAACUCACCAUUCUGGUGGCACUGACACUCACACUCGUCAUCCUGAAGUUCAUGAUGGCCGUGUUGGUGCUGUCUGUGAUUUUACCUCCCAGCUCUCGUCACAUUCGCUGGGUUGUCUCAGCUGGCCUGGCGCAGGUCAGCGAGUUUUCCUUUGUCCUUAGCAGCCGUGCACGGCGGGCAGGCAUCAUCUCUCGAGAGGUGUACCUGCUGGUUCUAAGCGUUACCACCCUCAGCCUGUUGCUGGCGCCUGUCUUGUGGAGAGUCACUACGCACAGAUGGUUGUCACGAGCUGUCCUAUGAGCAACCUCGGUUUCACAAUUAUAUGUUUGUGAGAGGUGGGAAAACCAACAGCAUUUAGCGUAAUUUGCACAAUUUGUUUAAAAGCAGGGCAGAAAGUUAAAUGUUCAUCUCAUCAUCUUUAUGACACAAUUUGGUGUUUAAACUACAGAACCUGUAGUUGCCCAUAUGUUGCCACUGGGACUUAUUGGGAGGUCUUGGUUCCAUUUUUUGUUAUUAUUCAGUGCUACAGGAGAUUUCUCUUGCCUAUCAUUUUGGCCAGAAGAUAGUUGAUAAGACUGACAGUAUUGUACUUGAUAAUGCAGUUCAUGAAUAAGGAAAAACAGGACAUGAUGUAAUUGUCCUUUUUCCAGCUCACAUUAAUUUUGCUAUAAUAUGGUACAAAAAAUAUAGUGAAAAAAAUCCCUUGACAUUUUAACUGAAAUUAUUUUUUGUAUUGUCUUGCCAUCAAUUUUUGCACAGGUAUAUUGUUUCCAGGGACCACCUAUGAUCAUUCCACGCUCCAUAUACUGUAAAAAAAAACAGAGAUUUAUUUGUUUUAUAUAUAUAUAUAUAUAUAUAUAUAAAUAUAUUUUACAUCAUGAAUGCAUUGUUUUCCCCAGACUCGGCUACAAACUGGCUGUCGUGUAGUAAAUGAAGAUCAUUGUCAUUAUUGUAAUACUGUAGCUAGAAUGGUGCAUUCAAGUACUGUAUUACCAAAAACUACAACCUCAUUAUGUUGGGCUCAUCAAACUUUGCUAUACAAUCUUGUUCAUGGAGAAAUAUUCUUGCACUAGUUACCACUGAGUACCAAAUUCAUGUGCCUGCUCUUCAGCUCUUGGUUGGCAUUGUGUGGUGUAAAUGUUAUUGUUCUGUGUGUAAUGAGCUUUUAUGAGCUGUACAAACUUCAUAUAUUUCUGUUGAUAACCUUCACCUUUUUGUCAUGUAUUUAUUAAACUGAUUGAAAACUAGCAGUAACAGUAUGUUGCAUUAAUGUAUACACUUCUGUAGUCUUAUUCACUAUAGUGUCAAGUAUUUCUGCAUGAACACUUUCGUAGACCAGGCGUGGCGUACCUGCCCU